CAUCUUUGGGCUGCAGACAGUACACUUGAGUUAGAGCAGCUAGCUGGAUAACAAUCUGUAUCACAAAAUGGAUAUUCCAUGUAUAAAAUGGCAAAAGCAUGUUGAAGAGAAGUGGACACAACUCGACCCUAAUCAAACUGAAUGGUUUUCAAGUCUGUCGGAGAUAGAUCAAGUUUUUGAGCUUGCCCUGUCACAAAUAAAUCAGGAGGACUUAAACUUUCUGUCAGGCGUGUCGAGGGACUACCCUGUCCAGAAGGACCCAGAGCGUGCAGCUAAGUGCAGGGAGAAUGGCAAUGCCAGUUUCAAGACCAGAGACUACAAUGCUGCUGCCCUGCACUAUUCUCAGGGUGUGUGUUUGGCCUCGCAGCGCUCCGAGCAGCUUUCUCUCUGCUUCGCCAACCGCUCUGCUGCCCUGCUCUACCUCCAGCACCACCAGGACUGCCUUGAGGACAUCGACAGGGCGCUGGAGCAUGGCUACCCCGCUCACCUGCGUCACAAGCUACACGAGCGACGCACGCUGUGCCUCAACCACCUCCAGCACAAAGCAGACCCGGGAACCCCGGACGAGGAGGGGGCAGGUGGUACAGAGGAGAAGCAAACUCACCUGCCCCAGUGUCCACCUGGGACUGGGCCCGUGUCCUCUCUCUCCCCCGGCUUCUCUGUGCGUUUUAGCCCGGGGAAAGGGCGACACCUGGUGGCCACUGAGGGAAAGGCGGCCGGAGAUGUGAUUCUGGAGGACCGGGCCUACGGCUGUGUGCUCAUCCCUGGGAUGGAGAGACUGAAGGGGGCAGAGGGAGGGCGGGAGAGAAGGGGCGUGUUUGGGACGGAGGACAGGCACUGCCACCGGUGUCUGUGUGAGGUUGUGAGCCCUGUGCCCUGUGAGGGGUGCAGCUACGCCCGCUACUGUUCCUAUCGGUGCAGGAGAGCAGCCUGGGAGGAGCAUCAUCGCUGGGAGUGUCCAAUAGGAGCAGAGCUCAGGGCUUUGGGCGUGAUGUCACAGCUGGCUCUAAGGUUGGCCCUGAAGGCGGGACUUAAGGACGUACAGGCGGCUAGGGAGCCAAUAAGAGGCCAGGAUAACGGCUCUAAACCAAUCUCAGGAAGGGAUAACCCUGUGUCCAGUACCAGCACGUCAACUGACAGAGAUGCGGGAGGUGAUCCGUUUACCUGUUACCAUGGGGAUUCCUACCAGAGUGUCUACCACCUUCUUCCACACCUGAGUAGCCACACCCCCAGCUUGCGCUAUCUAUACGCAGUCACCAUAGCAACCCUGUUCCAAAAGCUCAGCAAGGCGGGUCCUCCACCUGCUUCCUGGAACUCCUCAGAGAGCAGGAAGUGUACCAGCCAAUCACAGGGUGAAGAGGACAAGAAAAAGCCAAUGGGUUGGGCUCCGGAGCUGAGCCUUCUGGGAAGUGUAGUUCUGCGGCAUAUGUUCCAGCUGAGGUGUAAUGCGCAAGCAGUGAGCGCGCUCAUAAACACGGGUGACUCAGCGGUGCAGUCCACCGAGGAAGUCCGCAUCGCCACGGCCAUGUUCCCCACGCUGAGCGUCCUGAACCACUCCUGCAGCCCCAACACCAGCCUGGCCUUCGCCACUGGAGCCAGGACCGGCCCGCCUUCUCCAGAACCAGAGUCCGCCGCCACGGCUGGCUGUGGAGUCACCGUCACCGUCAGAGCCUCCAGAGACGUCUCCCGGGGACAGGAGAUCCUGCACUGCUAUGGGCCUCACAGCAGCAGGAUGAAGGUGUCGGAGCGCCGGCGCCUCCUGCAGGAGCAGUACUACUUCCUGUGCGCCUGUGAGGCCUGCAGCCUGGAGGAGGAUUCAGAGGUCAGGGGUGAAAGGUCGGGGUCAGACACGGGGUUAAAGUGUGGGAAGUGCCAGGAGACUCUAAAGCCUCUCACUAAGGACGGCGGAGCGUGGUGUGUGUGUCUUUGCGGUCAGCGUGUGUCUGGGGUGGAGCUGGACUUCGUGCUGAAGGAGGUCAAGGCUCGGCUGGAGAAGGCUGUGGAACUCAUGGAGGAAGACAGGCCAGAUGAGGCCCUGGGGGUUUUACAGAGGGCGGGGCCUCGGUCUGGUCUGUUCCUGGGAGAGACUCACCCACUACAGGGGCAGCUGGCGGACGCUAAGGCCCGAGCGUACGCCACAAUGGGCGACUGGCGACGGGCUGCCUCCCAGCUUGAGAGGAGCGUGGUAGCGGUGGGUUCCCAGUAUGGAGAGGACAGCAUCGAAGUGGGACGUCAGCUCUUCAAACUGGCCCAGCUGCACUUCAACGGAGGGUGUCCUGCCCCCGCUCUCUCCAUCAUCCCCAGAGCCAGGCGCCUCCUCUCCCUCCACUCUGGAGAACACUGCCCCGAACUGCAGGAGCUCCAGGCCAUGGAGGACUGCCUUUGUGACGUGUUCUGACACACACACACUUGCACUCGCUUCCUUCAGGAACUCAAAUUCAAAUGUUAUUUUGUCAUUGUUUGUUUUUGUAUGCGUUUUUAUACAUACAUAUUGUUCAAUAAACCGAUACUUUUUGA